UAUAUUUCCAGCUGACGGCCAGUCUGAACACACAACUCCUGCGAAGGUGGUGAGGGCUGCCAACCCGAGACAGAGGAAGGGAAGCAAGGUUGGAGACUUCGGUGAUGCCACAAACUGGCCAACGCCAGGAGAGAUAGCCCACAAGAGUGUCCAGCAGCCACAUAAAGCACCAUCCCUUCGGAAACUGCCUGUCAAGAAAGACAUGAAAGAGCAGGAGAAAGGGGAUGGGAGCGAUGGCAAAGAGAGCCUGAAAACCAAAUCGGAUGAGUCUGGGGAGGAGAAGAAUGGUGACGAUGACAACCAGAAGUCAGCCCAGAAGAAGAAAGGCAACAAACACAAGUGGGUCCCUUUGCAGAUAGACAUGAAGUCAGAGGUGCCUAGGGACAAAACGGCCUCUCGGAACAACCGGCAAAACGAGCAGCACAGGCACCCCUCCAACAACCGCAGCGAGCUGAAAGGCUGGCACCCGGACAACAAGCACGAGCGCAGCUGGCAGGACCAUGAUGAAACCUCCAGCGUGAAGAGCGAGGGAGGAGCCGUGCGAGGGACCUUCCGGGGCAGAGGCCGGGGCCGGGGCAGAGGCCGUGGCCGGGGCAGAGGAGGGCACUUUGACUACCAGUACGGGUACCGGAAAUUCGAGGGCUCGGAUGGCUCCCGCACGCAGAAGUACGCCAGCAACAUCACUUACUACUUUGACAACAUCAGCAGUGCUGAGCUCUACAGCGUGGACCAGGAGCUGCUCAAAGACUACAUCAAGCGGCAGAUAGAAUACUACUUCAGUGUGGACAACCUGGAGCGAGACUUCUUCCUGCGCCGCAAGAUGGACUCUGAUGGUUUCCUUCCCAUCACCCUGAUCGCCAGCUUCCACCGGGUGCAGGCGCUGACCACUGACAUCAGCCUCAUCAUCAAGGCUCUGAAGGACAGCAAGGUGGUGGAAAUUGUGGAUGAGAAGAUCAGGAGAAAAGAGCAGCCAGAGAAAUGGGCUCUGCCUGGCCCCCCUAUGGCCGACUACACACAGACUGACUUCUCGCAGUUCAUCAACUGCCCUGAGUUUGUGCCCCGACAAAGCUUCCAGAAAGAGACUGAGUCUGCUCCUGGCUCCCCGCGUGCUGCCAGCCCGGUCCCCACCAAAACAGAGGAGGUCAGUAACCUGAAGACGAUGCCCAAGGGCCUGUCCACAAGUCUGCCAGAUCUGGAUUCAGAGACAUGGAUUGAAGUGAAGAAGAGACCUCGGCCCUCCCCAGCCAGGCCCAAGAAACCAGAGGAGUCAAAGACGCCGCAGCAGCAAAAGCAGAAGGACCAAGAUGAACCUGAGGAACUAGAUUUCCUGUUCGACGAGGAGAUGGAGCAGAUGGACGGCCGCAAGAACACCUUCACCGACUGGUCAGACGAAGACUCCGAUUACGAGAUCGACGACCGGGACGUAAACAAGAUCCUCAUCGUGACGCAGACACCUCCUUACCUGCGCCGGCAUCCUGGUGGGGACCGGACUGGCAACCACACAUCCCGGGCUAAAAUGAGCUCGGAGCUGGCCAAGGUCAUCAACGAUGGGCUGUACUACUAUGAACAGGACCUGUGGACAGAGCAGUUUGAGCCAGAGUAUUCUCAGAUCAAGCAAGAGGUGGAGAACUUCAAGAAGGUGAACAUGAUCAGCAGGGAGCAGUUUGACACCUUGACCCCAGAGCCCCCUGUGGAUCCAAACCAGGAAGUCCCUCCUGGUCCCCCGAGGUUCCAGCAAGUACCUACAGACGCUUUGGCUAACAAGUUGUUUGGAGUCCCUGAACCUUCAACCAUCGCCCGGUCUUUGCCUACGACUGUACCGGAAUCACCCAACUACCGCAACACCAGGACCCCCCGGACCCCUCGCACGCCUCAGCUGAAGGACCCAACACAGACGCCCCGGUUCUACCCAGUGGUGAAAGAGGGCAGGACGAUAGAUGCCAAGACUCCACGGAAGAGGAAGACGAGGCACAGUUCGAACCCUCCGAUGGAGUGCCACGUGGGCUGGGUGAUGGACUCUCGGGAGCACAGGCCACGAACUGCCUCCAUCAGCCUUUACCCCAGCACUGCCAACCCCUCGGAGGGGACCCCGGCCGUCGGAAGCUACGGCUGCCCCCCGCAGUCCCUGCCCAAGUUCCAGCAUCCUUCGCACGAGCUGCUCAAGGAGAAUGGCUUCACACAACACGUCUACCACAAGUACCGUCGGCGCUGCCUUAACGAGCGGAAACGACUGGGCAUUGGUCAGUCCCAGGAGAUGAACACACUUUUCCGGUUCUGGUCCUUCUUCCUCCGAGAUCACUUCAACAAGAAAAUGUAUGAGGAGUUCAAGCAACUGGCUGUGGAGGACGGGAAGGAGGGAUACAGGUACGGUCUGGAGUGCCUUUUCAGAUACUACAGCUACGGGCUGGAGAAGAAAUUCCGGCCAGACAUCUUUAAGGACUUUCAAGAAGAGACCAUCAAGGAUUACGAAGCUGGACAGCUCUAUGGGCUGGAAAAGUUCUGGGCCUUCUUAAAGUAUUCCAAAGCCAAAAAUCUGGACAUUAACAGCAAACUGCAAGAAUACCUCAGCAAGUUCAAGCGCCUCGAGGACUUCCGAGUGGAUCCACCCAUGGGGGAGGAAGGUGGACACAAGAGAUACCCGACGACAUCAGGGGGAGAUGGCAGGAAGCGCUACCCAUCCCAGUCUUCCAGCAAAACGGUCAGCCA